AUACACUAGGUGGCACUAUUGCUGGAGACAAGAGAGAAACUGAACAGGGCUGUCAGCCUUGGAACAACUGUGCUGAGAAUGCACAUGGAAGUCACACGUCCGUAACUCUGGAGCAAAGCUCCUGCCCUGAGCAGAGAACUGUGACUUUAGAAAUAAAGGGUUUGCUGAGCCACAACCGCACAGCGGUGUCAGCUGCAAUCUCAGGCUAA